AUGCCUCGCCCCAGAAGACCCGGCGCGCCAGAGCCGAAGCGGAGAUCACGUAAGGGCUGCUGGCCAUGCAAAGCCCGAAAGGUGAAAUGUGGUGAGGAGAAGCCGUCGUGUCUUAACUGCCGACGGCAAAAUGAACCGUGUGACUAUAGCAUCAGGCUGAACUGGGGCGGGAGGACGCGGAGAACAUCUUCAGUAGACUCCCCGAGCUCGCAGUCAAGUAGUCCAUCGGGCCAUUAUUCUGCCUUCAGCCUGUCACCGUCGAAUCCACCCCAACCCGAUCCCCUGAGCCCAGCUCCGCGCUUUACGCCUUAUCCCAUCCGAGAUGGAACAACGACACAGGAUCGAAUCGCAGGGGAUUUGCUAUGGGGUGCUGGACUUGCAGAGGAGAUGGCAAUAGGAACAUCCACUUCCAGUCCUAAACGAUUACAUGAUUUCCACCAUGAAUCUCCGACUGCCUUUGGCCAGUCUCUUAAUGAAACCAACCGUACAAAUGGCAAGACCUCUGUAGACAUGGGGGCUCUGUCGCAAGGGCAAGAUGCGACAACCCCAUGGCCAGACCUGUCCUCCCAAAUAGCGACGCCAUCAUCGAGCGAGACCCUGUUGGCCUUUCCCUCGUCCGUCUCCCACUCGUUGGACACUGUCUCCUACCCAUCACCUGCGGAUACGAAUUCAAGCGUCGGCACUUUUGCGACUUUCAACUUCUCGCCUGCCACGAUUUCAGGUCCCAUUUCGUUCCUUCGACAUACCUCGGAUCUCCAUCACUCCCCGCCCGAGUGCGGUCAAGUGCCCGAUCAUGGCACCGACUUCUCUAGCUACUCAUCGUCUGCAGACAUGAUGAGCGUGUAUGCAGACUUUAAUUCUCAUGUGUCGGCCCCUGCUCACGAUGCUACAUCCCCAAGCUCGGCGGAAGUAAGCUUGCUUUCGUCGGGGAUGUCCCAGGAGGCCCCGGCGCUGCAGGCCGGUCCGACCGUCCAUACGGAAAGCUUCUUCAGCAAGAUCAUGAACGGACCUUCAGCCUCGGACGACCAAUCCGAAGGCUCCCAGUCGAGUGCCACAUGCAUGUUCGCCCAUCCUGAUUAUGCGGCUCGAGACCUAUCAGGAUCGGUGGACGUGUCCAUGUCGGAACGGAGGUGGCGGGCUUACCUGACCAGGGUCACGGACAAUUACGGGUUGGAUUGCGGCCGCCCAGAUCUGGACCUGAACAAGAACGACGACCAUUCCGCCAUCGAUAUCAAUUAUGCUCUGGACCUGAUCAACUCCGACAAUAAAUCUUCCGCCUCUACCCCGGAAGAUUCGCAUACGGGAAAUACAAAGGACAGCAUCGUUGACCGCAGCAAACACAUCUACUAUGCAUCACCAGUACCAAUCAAUAUUCCGCGGUAUCUAUCUCCAUUGCCACCAUCCCUGGUGAAAACUCCUAUCAACCUGAUGUAUUUCCAUCACUUUCUUAAUCAUACAGCCCGGAUGUUGGUCCCACAUGACUGCGAGGAUAAUCCAUUUGUCUCGGUGCUACCGACCAUGGCCAUCGGCGACUCCAAUCUCUUAAAUUUGAUGCUAGCAUAUUCAGCUAGUCACCGGGCCCGGUAUCUGGGCCAUCCAGAGCCCGCCACGCGGAUUGCGCAUUGGGUGAGCAACGUAUUUCCUGCUUUGCGUCUAGCGCUGGAGGAUCCCCAUGAGAAGGUGACCGACAGUCACCUUGCGACUGCGAUUAUGCUUCUUUCUUUGAAGAUCAUCUCUCCCACCACGUUCGAAGUGCCAAUUCCAUGGCAGAGCCAUUUGAAGCUCGCUCGUGAUCUGUUUCUGGCACGGAAAAAGCAAAUGUCAUUUCCUGGAAAUCGUGUCGGCUCAUUUCUCACGCGCUGGCUUGGGUAUAUCGAUCUCAUGGGCACGCUAUCAUGCCGACAGAGUGGGCCACCAUUGCUAGCAUAUAAUUCAGUCAUGAGUGCCUGUUCUGAUACUGGACUGUUUGACGAAUACUGUGUGGAUUGUUUCACUGGAUUUACACCUAGGACCGGUGUAUUCCUCACGCAACUGGGAAUAUUAACCCAUCAAUGCGACAACGAACGGUUUGACGAAGCGGGAGUCUUUGUCUCUGACUGGGAGCCGUCGCCGGACGCUGUUUUCGAGGCUGAGGCAUUGAUCGCAGAUUUGGGUGACUUGGAUACUCGUGCGUAUGCAGAUGCAGCGCACUUCCAAGAUGUGGGCUCGACCAAUUUUCUAGCCAUUGAUCGGGCGUUUCGCUAUGCGGGACUAUUGCAUCUCCAUCGUCGUGUGUUGAAUGCAUCGCCUUGUUCGCAGGCAGUCAAAGGGGCGACGAACGAGCUUCUCCGGGCAAUGGUCGGCAUCAGGCAGGGCGCAUCCGCAGAGGUGGGAGCUCUGUUCCCGUUGUUCACUGCGGGCUGUGAGACUCGGGAUCCCCAACAACGAGCCGAAAUUCAAGAACGGUUUGAGAUGCUCGAAAGAACGGGAAUGAAACAGAUGCAAAAUGCUCGCACGCUGAUGCAGCGAUGCUGGACCGAAGACUUGCCCUGGAUCGCCUUGGCGCAAGGGGAAUUCCUAGGGUAGUUCAUAUCUCGCUUGAUUUCUCUGCUGCUGGGCCAUAGGAUGAUUGAUCCUUGGUUGCAGAAGGCAUGCUUGGCUGACAGCUACCGCUCUAUAUAUAUGGGGAGAGCCGUUACAGGCAGUGGUAGGCCUGGACUGUCACUGAAGAUACAUGUUGUCAGGCUACUUUGCGAAGUUCCUGAAUUAACCAUUGAGGGCUUGAAGCGCUCAUGCCCACGAUACCAGAUACUUCCAUAAACAAUGAAUAUCAUAAUGCUCAUCGAUCUUAGGUUCGUG